GGAGGGAAAAAAGCCACUGGUGAGCUGAGCGAACAGGCAGACCUCUGGGAUGGGAGGUGCUUUGUUUCCGGAUGGGGUGCGCGGAGAUGGUAUAAAAGCGCUCCCGUCCCGGAGAGCCUCAUUCCCUCCUCAUCCUUGUGCAUCUCAGGCCACCCCACACACGACGAUGUGCUCCCGACAGGACAAGGACCAGUGCCACAGGCAGGAGCGCUACAGUGGCGGCUGCCACAGCUCUGGUGGCGGCUGUCACAGCUCCGGUGGCGGCUGUCACAGCUCUGGCGGUGGUGGCGGCUGCCACAGCUCUGGUGGCGGCUGUCACAGCUCUGGUGGCGGCUGUCACAGCUCCGGUGGUGGCUGCCACAGCUCUGGUGGCGGCUGCCACGGCUCCGGUGGAAGCUAUGGGAAGCCCCAGAUACCAUGCCAGCAGCAGCAGAAGCACAUCCCGCAGGUGCCCUCGCAGAAGAUGAAGUGAUGGGGUGUCGCACACGUCCCAGCUCCGCCAGCAAAGGCCGCACAUGGACCAGCUCCCUCUGGCCUCCCCGAAGCUUUACAAGCCCCAGGGCUGCCCAGCUGCAAACCCUCUCCCCUGCCCUGCAGGACCAUCGCUCCUGGGGACCGGAAUCACUCGUGCUUCCCUGCUCCCUCCGCCUGAUGCAUCAGGCUGCGCUUUGGCCCCAUGAUGUACCUGUGAGACAAUAAAGCAUUAAGUUCCUGAGA